CACAAUAAGAAAAAAACAUUCCCCACCAAUGGUCAGAUGUGUUUUGUGCGGUGGAAAACUCGUAACUGUUUAGUAGCAAAGCACGGGAUGGGAUAUUUGUGAUUGACAAAAUAAAAUUUGUUGUAUAUAAGAAAUUAACAAAUUAAAUAGCGAAAUACAAUACCAAUACACUUGUAAAUACCACGACAACGUAACGGCGGCAACAGCGACAAAAGUCAAAUAGCACAACCAGCACUAUUACAGAAAACCAAACGAAAAAGAAAAUUUCGACAGAUUUUUAUGUAAAUUGCACUGAAAACACUUUGCCAAAGGUUAAUUAACAACGUUUUGUUUAAUAUUUAAAGGCAAAGAGAAAAAAAAAAACGAAAAGUGUUUCGAGUUUGUGUGAAUGUUGAGCGAGAAGGAAUUGCAAAAUUGUAACACUUUGACAUUUCCAUACUAAUCAACGGACAUUGUUUGGUGUUAACGCGGCGACGACAGGCUGUGCUUUAGUGCAAAGAGAGUUCUAAGAGGCAAAAAGGCCAGAACAAAACAACAAAAGCAAGUGGAAUAUUUUCUUUUCCCCCUUUGAGUAAUUCCACGAAAGCAAGCGAAAAUAUAGUCUGUGUAUUUGUAAUACAAGUAAUACUAACUUAUUUGUAGUAAAUUUGUGUUGAAUUAUUGAUUUAUCAAUUAAACAGUAGACAUGGCUCCCGCUCUAAGUAAACUACGCGAAAAUCAAAGUGCCAUUGUGGGUCUAACAGGCAUUUCAGCCGCCCUCUGGAUUAUAGCCUAUGGCAAGAUGAAUAGCAGACGCAGAAAAAAUGGUUACGAUGAACGAGUACAAUACACUAUCACAGAGAAAAAGGACAAGAAACCCCCAAAGGCCCAUGUAAAUGCAUUGUUUUUCAAACAGUUGCGACAAAUUCUACCCAUAUUAAUUCCCAGAUUUUGGAGUAUGGAAAGUGGUCUUUUAGUUCUGGUAGCAGCUUCACUGGUUGGACGCUCUGUCAGUGAUAUUUGGAUGAUACAAAAUGCCACUGUGGUGGAAAGCACAAUUAUCCAUAUGAAUAAACCUGCGUUCCAAAAAGCUUUAAUAAAAUACUUAGCUGCAUUGCCAAUGAUUUCUGUUGUAACCAACAUCUUAAAAUGGAGUUUAGGUGAACUGAAACUAAGAUUUAGAACAAAUUUAACACAUCAUUUGUAUAAUCAAUAUUUGAACGGUUACACCUACUACAAAAUGUCCAAUUUAGACAAUAGAAUAGCCAAUGCCGAUCAAUUGUUAACAACCGAUAUUGAUAAGUUUUGUGAAAGUGCCACAGACUUGUAUUCGAAUAUCAGUAAACCCAUAUUGGAUAUAUUCAUAUAUGUUUAUCGUUUGACCACAACUUUGGGUGCCAAGACACCCUCCAUACUUAUGAUGUAUUUAGUGGUAGCUGGUGUUUUCCUUACACGAUUGCGUCGCCCCACUGGCCGCCUCACUGUGGAAGAACAAAAACUUGAAGGUGAAUUCCGCUAUGUUAACAGCCGUCUGAUCACAAAUUCCGAAGAAGUUGCCUUCUAUCAGGGCAAUACACGUGAAAAGCUAACCCUGUUGGCCAGCUAUUCGAAAUUACGUUCACAUUUGCGUAAAUUUUUGGAAUUCCGUGUUGGCAUGGGUAUUGUGGACAAUCUUGUGGGGAAAUAUUUUGCUUCUAUUGUUGGUUUCUAUGCUGUGUCCAUACCCUUCUUUACUCCCAACCAUCCCAUGUUGUCUGGUGAAAAUAGUGGCAAACGUUUACAAGCUUACUAUACAUAUGGUAGAAUGUUAAUUAAGCUUGCAGAGGCUAUUGGUCGGCUCGUGUUGGCUGGUCGUGAAAUGACACGUUUGGCUGGUUUCACUGCACGAAUGACCGAAUUAAUUAAGGUAUUGAAUGAUCUCAAUAAGGGUACCUAUGAACGCACCAUGGUCAACAAUACCCUGGCACAAGAAACUGGCUUUGGUCCAGGCAAAGGUGAAAUGGUGUUUGUUGACAAUAUCAUUAAGUUCGAAAAUGUUCCGUUGGUUACACCAAAUGGUGAUGUUUUGGUCAAGAAUUUAACCUUUGAAGUUAAAUCUGGUACAAAUGUGUUGGUGUGUGGUCCUAAUGGCUGUGGCAAAUCUAGUUUAUUCCGUAUUUUGGGAGAAUUGUGGCCAACAUGGGGCGGCAAGGUGGUCAAGCCAAAUCGCGGCAAACUUUUCUAUAUACCCCAAAGACCCUACAUGACACUUGGUUCAUUGCGUGAUCAGAUAACCUAUCCCCAUACCCGUGAAGAUAUGCGCCGUGCUGGCAAAACCGAUGAAGACAUCAUGCAAUACUUGGACAUUGUACAAUUAUCCUAUUUAGAGCAAAGAGAAAAUGGUCUGGAUGCCGUUGAGGAUUGGAUUGAUGUGUUGUCGGGUGGCGAAAAACAACGUAUUGCCAUGGCUCGUCUGUUCUAUCAUAGUCCACAAUUUGCCAUUUUGGAUGAAUGUACAAGUGCCGUGUCCGUUGAUGUGGAAGGCAAAAUGUAUAGCUAUUGUCGUGAAGCUGGCAUAACAUUAUUCACCGUGUCACAUCGUAAAUCAUUGUGGGUUCAUCAUGAUUACUAUUUGCAAUUCGAUGGUCGUGGUAGCUAUGAAUAUGGUCGCAUCGAUCAAGACAAGGAAUAUUUCGGUUCAUAAAUAUAUAAACAAAUGAAACAUAAACCUGCCAACAUUUAAAUGCUGUGUGCGUUGGCCAAAAAUGUACAGAAAACAACGAGCGGUAGUCAUGCAUCGCCCAUUUUUACAGUAACAACAAAACUACAACUAUUUGACUAUCAUAUAGUGGCCAAGAUUUCUUUAGUGUAAUUUUUUAUUUUUAUAGCUUUUUUUUAUUAUUACUACAUGUAGAACUUCAUAGAACAAUUGUGUUGAAUUGAUUUGUAAACUUAAAACUUUCCAUUGCACAUGAUUCCAUUAUUAUAUAAUAAUUUUCAAUCCGCUCUGAGCUACAAAUUUAAAAAAAAAAAUAUAGUUUGCUUUCUAAGAAAAGGCGUUUUACAAUACUUGGAAUUGAUUUCCUUAACAAAAACAAAAAAAGAACAACUUUGGUGCUGGUUUAAAAUAUAAAAAAAGAAACGAUGCGAAAAUGAAA